AUGCAAGCUGAUUUUCCUCUAUCAAUUGCAAUCAAGCAUCAUAAUGUGGAAAUGGUCAAGUUACUUUUGUCUCAUGGUGCUGAUUUAGAUUGCUGUAUUGUUAUUGACGAGGAAUAUCAAGCUCGUCUUCAAUAUAUCUGCACUCACUAUAAUUCUCCUUCUGUUGAGGUUCCAUAUCGUGACAUGAUAUACAUUGCAAAGAAAUAUGGAACACCUGAGAUUCUUGCUUUAAUUAAAUCAAAAAGAGAUAAAGAAUAA